CACAUCCCUGCCCCGCCCACCAUCUCCGCGUCUCCAUCCCCACCACCGCACCACCACCACCGCACCACCACCCCGCACCUCUCCCAAUAUGCCCCCAAAAGCCAUAAUCGCGCCCUCGAUCCUCGCGUCGGACUUCGGCCAGCUCUCGCACGAAUGCUCUCGCAUCAUCGGGCAGGGCGCUGACUGGCUACACAUCGACAUCAUGGACGGGCACUUUGUUCCGAACAUCACGAUCGGCGCGCCGGUAGUGACGUGCAUCCGCGGCUCCGUCGAGCGCUCCCAGGACUGGUCGAAGGGCGUCUUCGACUGCCACAUGAUGGUCGCCGAGCCCCAGCGCUGGCUCGAGGACUUCAAGAAGGCUGGCUGCGACCUCUACUGCUUCCACUACGAGGCCGCCGAGACGUCGAAGGCCCCGCAUACCCCCAGCUCGGAAUUGAUCAGGCAAGUGCAUGCGCUCGGGUUGAAGGCGGGCGUCGCCAUCAAGCCGGAUACCCCAGUGGAUGUGCUGUUCCCGCUGCUGGAUGGUGACGACGAAAAGCCCGAUAUGGUACUGGUAAUGACCGUGGAACCCGGCUUCGGCGGCCAGAAGUUCCAGCAUCGUUGCAUGCCCAAGGUCGAAGCGCUGAGGAAGCGGUAUCCGGAGCUCGACAUUGAGGUUGACGGAGGCUUGGGAUUGGAAACCAUUGAUGUUGCUGCCGAGGCGGGUGCCAAUGUUAUCGUCGCCGGAACGGCCGUUUUUGGUGCGGCCGAUCCUAGCGAGGUCAUUGCGAAGCUGAAGAGUGUGGUCGAGAAGAACUUGGUGAGGUAGACGGUGGUGCGAGCGGGAUUGAGGUGUUCUCCAGCAUGUGGAGAAAUCAUAGCAUGAAUUCAAUCCUACUUUCAUCUGGAGCAAGAAAAUACCGAGCAUCUACGGGCAGGUCUGUGCAUUUUCAUCGCGGGCAAUCGUCCAGGGAAAGGCUUUCGUUGCACUGUUCCUAGGAUCUGGAGAUCAUAUCCAGCGUGCUGGAGUAGCCAUACAUCCAUCAAGUUCUGCAGAUACGAAACCAUAGACCUGUCACCUGUACGUGCGAUUCUGUUUACCGUUGAACCUGAC